AUGGAGGCGAAGAUAGAUGCUGGUAGUGAACCAACAAUUUUGAAUAGUGCAAUAAAGACUACAAACUCACUUGUAAAGAAUCCAAACACUGUAACUUCUGGGCAAGGGGGAACAAUCCUGCAGUUUAUCUGUAAAUCGUCUUUACCUAAAUUUCAGCAAGCUUUUGGCAAAACAGUUUAUCAAAAUAAUACUGAAUCAGCAGAGUCUCCAACAACUGUAGUAGAAUCUUCAAAUACAAAUAACACCGCUGAGACUAAAAAAGCAACUGUUACUACAAAAACUGUACCUGUAAAUGUACAACCUAUUCAAGGGAGUGUUAUUUAUAGUCGACAAGUACCUGUAGGGCAAACUAUCAGUUUAAUACCACCUGGAACUACAACUCGCCAAGUGUUCAGAAUUGCUACUUCAAGUCAUGAACAGUUAAGUCUAGUUAAAGAUAGUGUUAUACAUACCAAAAUGAGCGCACUUCUGGCAGCAGCUUUGCAAGGAAGACCUAAAAAUGCUGAUGGGGAAAUUCAAGUAAAUUGUGAGGAAGUAAAAAGCGUCACCGGAAGACCUACUCUAGUACAAGGUGCUAGAAUUGUAAAACCAGUACAACUACAGUUACCUGCUAAUGUAGUAAAAGCAAAUCCACAACCACAUUUAAGUUCAACAACGUUAGAACAGUUAAGAGAAUUCGACAUGGUCUACAAACAGAUUAAGGAGAGAAGUAAUCCUAGUACCUCUGAAACCAGUACAAAUUCAGGAGAAAGUCAAGAAAUUACACCACAGCGAAUAAGUGUGACGUAUGUCAACCAGUUACAGAAAUAUACACAACUAUCCCCUGUUGUCGUAGUGACGACUUACAAUAACCUACAACCUGUUGCAUCGCCUGCUUUAAGUGUUACCUCCCAAGGAAGUUCAAGUCCUUGUGUGACGCCUGCUUCUACACCUACAAUGCCAAAAAUCGUUACUAAAAGUUCAAAGGGAAAAACAUUAAAAACCUCUCCCAAUAACAACACUGCAGCAGCAAAGUCAUCACCAAUUCCCAAACCUCAGCAAAAGCCACAAGAAGACGAACAUACAACCCAAAGAAUUUUUGAUAUAUUAGCUGAAUACGCAGAACAGUUGCGAAAUUCUCCUGACCUAAAUAAUAAACCCGCACCAAGAAGAAGGUCUAAUCCACCUACAAAUCCUAGCCAGAAUUCAAAACGAAAAAAGAGUUCUGGUGUUAAAAAAUCUGGACAGUCAACGACUACUAUAGAUCUCGACGGUGAUGACUUAACAAUUGGCAGUGAGGAUAGUUCAGGAGGUGUAGUCCAGUUGUCGGUAACAGAUGACGAGCAGUCACAAGCCUCAGCAUCUGUUGCAACAGAGUCGACUGAUAACGCAAGCCCACCUAGUUCUAGACCUCUAAUCAUAGCCGAAAGUGGGCCUUGCAAUAACCAAUCCAGAAACCUCAUAAUUGCCGAUUCUAGUGUUGGAGAAGCUCUGAAAAUGCCAAACACUGCAGUGAUAGUCCCUGGCAGCUAUAUUAUGCCCGUUUCGAUGGUAAAAGGUGGACAACAGAUAGCAGUAGUAUCAGGAAGCAGUAAAAUUUUGGCUACGGUACCAGCAAGAUCGGGCCAAAACAUGCUUCUAUUUCAAAGUUUUACAAACCAGACAAGAAAGACAGCAAUACCCGCAGUAAAAUAUUCAACGAUCCAACCAAUUUCUGGUAUUACCUCUCAGACUUUAGCUGGUGUUAGCCAGCAACCUAUGAUAUUACCUUCCAACUCAGUUGCUACAGCUGUGUCGUUUGGGCAGCCCCUAACGUUAAAGAAAAUCGGGGAUGACCGGGAGGGUAAUGAAUUACUUCUGACGAUCUCCCAACGAAAGGAAGAUAUUAAAGAAAGAAGUGAAAUUCCCCAACCUGAUAGUAGCACAAGUGUUUCAAGUGAUAGUGUUGAUAUUAAGCUAGAAGACUCUGCCUCGCAGUCUGAUAGUUCUAAUGAAAAAAUAUUUCAUACGUAUCAGAAAACGGUGAUAAAUUCUGUCGAGACUUCAGUUAUAGCAACGACUUCUAGUACGGUCAAGAAUGAAGGAAGCGUUUCUAAUCCGAGUGGGAAUGCUACUCCAGCAACCACCGAAGCAAGAACCGUAGAACGAAUGCAAUCAGUAUUAGUAACAGCAUGCUCUUCAAAUGGGCCGAUGCUGUCACAUACCACUCCAAGGUAUAGGAAAGUUUCGGAGGCUGCAAGGCCGCACACAUCCGAACUACCUGUUACUAAGGGAGAUUUUCUUCAUAAUGGCCAAAAGCCAUCUGGUGAUCAAAAAAAUAUAAGAACGAAUACCACGUACUACGUAAAUAAAACAAAAAAGAUUUUAGUGGAGUCUCAAAAAAUGGACAGCGAAAUGCAAAAGAAGGCGGCAAUGGAACGAGAGUUGAGGCUUCAGAAAUCUCUUUCAGAAGAAUGUGAAGAUUUAGGAGUGGACGAGCCAAGUGCUAGUGAUUUAUUUCCAGAAGCUGAUUUGUUAUUUGAUUCCAAUCAUUCUCCGUCUUAUGAUCAGGCUCCUCACGAUGUAGUUAAGCGAGUAGGUGAUGUAAAAGAAGAAGUUAAAGAGUCAUUAAAUUUAUUUAGUGACGAUGAAACUUCUAGUUCGCUAAGAACAGACUUAUUUGAGUACGUCGAGUAUGAUGAGCCUGUGGGAACAUCUUUAGAAUAUCAGGAGAGAGAGCUGAAUGGAAAUAUCGCCGAAUCAGGUUCCUCUGGUUGUGAAGAUAAUACUUUACUACCAAAAUGCGCUGCCAUGUCUGAAGUUACCCUAAACUCACCCAUAUCGCCAGAAAUAUACCAAGAAGUCAACACGCAUAAUAAGUACAAGUUUAAAUAUAGCAAUAGAAAAAAGGGAGAGAGAAUGAAACAGAGUGAGUUUACUGGAGAAGUUGUGACGAGUUCGGAAGAUACGAUAGUUUGUACUCAGUUAAACAAAGUUCAUUGUGUCGAGGAGAGCUACAAAAUAUUACACAUCGGAAAAACGGAACUUUUGAAAGAAGGUGAGAAAUGUGAACUACAUUGCGACGAAGAUGUAGACUCACCAAGUGGCCGAGGGGCGAGAAGAAGUGUACGAAAACUCUGCUCGUGUUGUAAUGGUUCGCAAGAUGGUACGUUAGCGAAAAAACGACCGCAUACUUCCAGACCACACACACCGGCAGCUCCGCACAAAAAGUCUUUUCUUGCCAAGAAAAGAUAG